GUAAGAUGCUUUGGCGGCCCAGACUCCAGGGGCCUCGCCUUUUUACACAGGCACCCUAGCCAGCUGCCUGCGUUGUGUCCCUUUCCUUUCCUCCAAUCCCCAUCGGCUUCUUCAGUGACUGCCAGUCACUUGGCACUGUAACUAAACUUCACUUCGGGUCGGGAAAACGGGCUAAGGGCCACUAUUUCCCCUCUGGCUACUUUCGGUGUCUCUUGCUUCCUUCCUCGCCCGGUGUUCUCGGGGAGCGCGUUUGGAAAACUCUGGGCUCGACCGCCUUCUCUCCAGAACUGGUUCCUGUGUCUGUCGCGGGGUUCUGGCGGGGGAAGCUGGUGGGGGUGGCGCGCGCUCGGUUCCGGUCCACAGGGAAAUGAAAAGUGCAGGAGACCGCGGCAGGAGUUCCCUCCCUUCCCCUUGGGAGUGUGUGUGCAGUGGGUGGUGGUAAUGAGGGUGUGUGAGGAGCAGCGCUGCGAGGAGGAUGUCUUCCCUCUGGCCAUGAACUACCUGGAUCGUUACCUGUCCUGCGUCCCCACCCGAAAGGCGCAAUUGCAGCUCCUCGGUACCGUCUGCCUGUUGCUGGCCUCCAAGCUGCGCGAAACCACGCCCCUGACUAUUGAGAAGCUUUGCAUCUAUACGGACCAAGCUGUGGCUCCCUGGCAGUUGCGGGAAUGGGAGGUGCUCGUCCUGGGGAAGCUCAAGUGGGACCUUGCCGCUGUGAUCGCACACGACUUCCUGGCUCUGAUUCUUCACCGCCUUUCUCUGCCCAGCGACCGACAGGCCUUGGUCAAAAAGCACGCCCAGACCUUUCUGGCCCUCUGUGCUACAGAUUACACCUUUGCAAUGUAUCCUCCAUCCAUGAUCGCCACGGGUAGCAUUGGGGCUGCAGUGCUAGGCCUAGGUGCCUGCUCUAUGUCUGCAGAUGAGCUCACAGAAUUGCUGGCAGGAAUCACAGGCACCGAAGUGGACUGCCUACGGGCCUGUCAGGAGCAGAUCGAAGCUGCGCUCCGGGAGAGCCUCAGGGAAGCUGCCCAGACAGCGCCCAGCCCAGUGCCCAAAGCUCCCCGGGGCUCUAGCAGCCAGGGAUCCAGUCAGACCAGCACUCCCACAGAUGUCACUGCCAUCCACCUGUAGCUUGGGACAGCCCCUUCAGGUGGCCACCAAGCAGAGGAGGGGCCACUGCCACGCCCUCCCUUCCUCUAGAACAAUCCAUGCCAUAUCUGAAGAGGGGGACCCUUCUCCCUCUCACAAAGCCCAAGGGGCCAGGUCCUGCCUAUCCCCACAGUGUGCACUAAGGUGCUGGCUGGCCAUGAGAGCUCUGCAUGGCCAGUCAGCUCCUCCUCCUCCCUACUUGACCACCUUGGCUCUUCUGGGCCAUUGCUGGUCAGAGAAAUUCAAACAGGUAAAACUCCUGCACCAGCAUUCCCUUUAGAGCCUCUCCUCUCUGGGGGUCUAAUCUUCUCAAUUGCCAAAACGCCCCAAUUCCUUCCAAAGGUGUUGCCCCUCCCAGAUCAGUGCAUUUGGAUUUGGGUCCUUCAGGCAUCCUGACAGAUAUGCACGAAGAACCAGAUAGAUGGCUGCCCAGUAAUCCAUGCUCCCAGCUGCUCUUAGAGGGAACAGCCUAGGCCUUGGUCAGAGGGGCAAGAACCUACAAAAUUCUUGCUUUGCUUCCUGCUUAGCUUCUGUGAUUGAGGGGUCUUGAGGGGUGCUGAUGGUCAUUUUAAUUUAUUGCUUUGAGUACAACUGUAAGAGGGUACAGUGAGGCCUGUACCCCACAAGUGGUGGUAACCCUGGCGGUUGCUGUUUCCCUCCCCUCUGCUACUGCUUUGUGGUCCAGGAGCUGCUACAGCCUGGGAUGGGGCCGUGCCUUCCUCUCCUGAGGCUCUCUCCGUACCUCAUCUUCCAUCUGAGGGUUUAAGCAGGGAUGGAUGCUCUGGAGGUGACGGGGCCUAUCUGGAGAGGGCAAACCCUAUUGACACAGGUCUUUCCUUAGGCCACAAGGUUUGGGCUGGUGGCCCAUUUCUAUCAUGCUGCCUUAAUAAAGAUUCCGGAAUAAA